GGUCGGAUGCAGUAGCAGCCGCAGCAAAGAAGAAGGCAGAGGACGCCGAGAAGUAUGCUGGCAAUUGAACAGCAGCACCAGUACGACGAGGCAGCAGCAAAGGCUGCCAAUGCAGAUCGAGUUCAGCGUCGCGAGAAGAUAUUCAGCGGAGAGCAAGCUUUUCUCACAAUGGCAGCCGAUUGGCGGGUCGAGGCCGAGAAUGGCAAGAUGGAAGAGAGUGAAAACAAGAUCGCUCUACUCCUUUCCUAUCUCACGGACCUCCUGGCAACAUGCAUUACACAGCAGGAGGACAUCCACAGCCUUGACGACGCGCUGACUCAAGUCCACAGCCGCCUCCGGCAGCUGGAGCAGCGACCCGUCGCCGCCCCCGAUGCUAGCUCUUCCAACACCUCCGAUCGCCUUGAGGCAUUGGAGAUUGACGUCGGAUCCCUCAAGGACGGCGUGCAGUUACAGCAAAUUGCAACGCUACAAUUGGAGCAGCGGAUCUGUACUGGCGCCAACCACUCGAGCUCGGAACCGCGUGAGACAGCUCCAGAGUUCGAUGGGCAGGAGAUCUUCUGCGACUCGACGAAGAUGACCCGAUUUCAUGGUUCCGCAAGUUUGAGCUCACAUUGCAGCUACACUACAUCAAGGAACACAAGCACCAUGGGUACUUAUAAUCCCGCUCGGGGCGGGGGUGCUAAGCAUGGUUGGACAAUCUCUUGUCCAAGUACGGAUGGCCUGCCAGUGGAAAGGCAAGGGCAAAUCGGAAAACUGCGCACCGCCGAGAGUGACUCGACGAUACUCUCGACGCCUUUGGAACAUGUCACUUCGCGGGUGGCCACCUUUCGUUCCGAGGCACAUGCGAAAUUCGAUAGUCCUCCUCUUCUUUACUAUUUUGAGGACUAUACUGCCCGGCUCGUUCCUACGCUGGGUACUCAUGCUCAAGGACAAGACGUGUAUGUCGCAUUUUCUCCGUCCGGCAAUGGCGACUUAUCGUCUUCAAGUGGUUCUUCACAGGAUUCGGCGCGCGAGUUCAUCAUAGAGGUAUUGGACCCGCUCACAUCCGAGGAUUACACAUGGCUUCCUCUCCCGGCCACGGGCCACUUGCCGGGAUCGCAAUGCGAAGCACUAUGCGCUCAUCUUCACACGUACUUAUCCUUCUAUGCACCACCAACUUCGUCGAUGGAUGACGAAGUCGCGGUGGGGGACAUCCUUGCGUAUGUUACCAGGGUGGUCCACGAGUUCGGCAAUCAGUGGAACGACAACAACAACCCACCAGUCCUCUAUGUCCGCAUCCAAGUUGGGCAAGCGUCCUGCAGCACUUUGCUGGAUAGCGACGCGUCUCGCAGUUUUAUGAGUCAAGCCUUUAUGCAAAAGGCCGGCCUUGGCGCACAAGUUCGAAGGAAGGCAAACCCGACGGCGAUCAAGUUGGCGGACAGAAGGACGCAGAAACUUAUCGACCGCUACAUCGAGGCCGUACCGGUAUAUUUCGCACCUCAUGCAUGCGAAGCGGUGAUGUUCGACAUUUUGGACAAGGACUUAGACAUUAUUUUGGGAAUGCCUUGGCUUGCAAGUGCAGAUCACACAGUCAACUUCCGCCGGCAGACUCUUACUGUUCACGACGCCUUCGGCGCCGAAGUGUCGUGUACUAUUCCUCUUCCGCACCCUUCGAUUCGGUGCCAAGUGGUGACGGCCAAAUCAUUCCGGGCUACUUGUGCUUACGAGAAGGCCGACGAAAUCGGCCUAUGCUUCCUACGGACCGUCGCGGUAGCCGACUUUUCACCCACGAACUUGUCUUCGGACCCCCGUGUGGUGCGGUUGCUUGACGAGUUUGCCGAGAUCUUCGAGUCACCUACCGGUGUGGUGCCGGAUCGGCCAAUCUCUCACGAGAUCAUUCUCGAAGCCGGUGCCGUGCCGCUGAAAGGUUGCAUUUAUCGCAUCAGCGAGGAGGAGCUUAUGGUCCUUCGCGCGCAACUCGAUGAUUUAUUGGACAAGGGUUGGAUCCGCCCUAUUGAGCAGCGACCCGUCGCCGCCCCUAAUGCCAGAUCUUCCAACAUCUCUGAUCGCCUUGAUGCAUUGGAGAAUGACGUCGGAUCCCUCAAGGACGGCGUGCAGUUACAACAAACUGCAACGCUACAAUUGGAGCAACGGAUCUGUACUGCCGCCAACAACUCGAGCUCGGAACAGCGCGAGACAACUCCAAAGUUCGAUCGACAGGAAAUCUUCUGCGACUCGACGAAGACGGACCAGAUUUCAUGGUUCCGCAAGUUUGAGCUCACGUUACAACUACACAACAUCAAAGAACACAAGCACCACAGAUACUUAUACUCCCGCUCGGGGGGCGCGUGCCAAGCAUGGUUGGACAAUCUCUUGUCCAAGUACGGAGUGGUAGCUGCCGACUUGCAUACCAAGAUCAACUGGGAUAAUCUAAAGGCGGCGUGGCAUAAGCAGUUCCAAGUAGAGCCGUCGGAGAUCAAGGUCUACUUUGACGAUAUUCUCGUCUACACCCGGCCAUUGGAGGAUCAUUUUGAGCACCUUCGACGAUUGUUGGAGACACUCCGCCGCGCCAAGCACAAGGCCAACCGCGACAAGUGCGAAUUUGUCCGGCAAGAGCUGGAAUACUUGGGCCAUUUUGUCACACCGGAGGGCAUCAGUCCGCUAUUGGACAAGAUUCAAGCCAUCCAAGAGUGGCGAGAGCCACGGAACGUCACGGAUGUACAUUCGUUCCUUGGCCUCACCGGCUACUACCACCGUUUUAUCUAGGGCUACUCGAGGAUCGCGGUCCACUUGGCCAAGCUUCAAUGCGAGAAUCGACCGU